CGUUCACACACAUACACACUGACCGAUCUGAUGAAACAUGAGGUAUGGUCAAUCCAACACUGCAUUGCUGAAGACUGGCGGUACAACUCCGUACUACUCUCUAUAUAUGCCGUGCUCGUGGGGCUUUUUCCGUUGGAGCUGCCCGGAUAAAUGCUGAUUGACUCCGCACACAUCGUCAGCCUCGUCUACUACCGUCCCCCACUUGCCAACUCAUAUCAACCCUGUCAUCCUUUGAUCGGAAGACCCAAUCUUGUCGCUGCAGAUGCCUGGUCGGUCUGUCCAUAUCUGUUCCUGACGAGUGUUUCAGCGGCCUAACUUCUGCCGUCAUGCCAUUCUCCUAUGGCACUGAUCACCUCGAACAUGCAUUCGGGGAUCGCCCCUUGCCAUACAUAGCGUACGGUUUGCCCUUCGAUCAAGCUGCCGCCCACCACAUUGAAAACACGCUUCACGCAAAACGGGUUUAUAUUAUAGCAUCCAACUCCUUAUCUAAAAACACUUCUGCACUCAAACGUCUUCAGGAUGCGCUCGGCGACAAAGUCGUCGGUCUCAGGAUUGGUAUGGCCCCGCAUACACAUUGGAAUCAAGUUCUUGAAGUCGCAAAGGAUGCUGCUUCGAAAGGUCCAGACUGCAUCGUCACUUUAGGGGCUGGAUCCCUCACCGACGCGGCCAAGGUGAUUACUUAUAUGCUGAGCAACGACAUCACUACCUCCGAGGGUAUGGAGAAGCUAGCAGCAUCUCCUACCGACUUCAAGGACCCAUCCGUCAAACACGUCGCGAUUCCGACGAGUCUAUCAGGCGGCGAGUACCAGGCUCUGGCUGGAGUGACACGCGACGAUGGCAGUGAUCGAAAGUGCUUGUUCCUCUUGCCCAAGCAGAAUCCGUAUCUUGUGGUCCUCGACCCGGAGUUGACGACCACGACACCAGAACGGAUCUGGCUGAGCACUGGUGUCAGAGCGGUUGACCACUGCGUUGAGACUAUUUGCAGUCUUCUGUCGAAUGAGAAAGGUGAUGUCGAGGCUGAGAAAGGACUCCUACGUCUAAUCCCGUCUCUGAUUCGCACGCAUAAGAACCUCAAGGAUCUUGAUGCUCGUUUUGAGACCAUGAGAGGUGUGAUGGAGGCAAUGAGCGCCGUGAGUAGCGGCGUGCCUUUGGGCGCGAGUCAUGCUAUCGGACACCAACUUGGUCCGAUGGGUGUGGGCCAUGGCGAGACCAGCUGCAUUAUGCUGCCCGCGGUGUGCAAGUGGAACGAAAAGGUUGGAGCGAAUGUGGAAAAGCAGGCGAACUGCAAGAAAAUCCUACUUCGGUCGCCCAUCGUGAGAGAAUUAUUGGAGGCCAAGUAUGGGAAAGACACGGAUAGUACCAACAAGUUGGAUCUAGGUGAUGUUUUGGACGUAAUAUUCAGGGAGAUUGGUAUGCCACGGACGCUGAAGGAUGUCGGGGUGGGAAGAGACAAAUUGGAUAUCCUGGCUGAAAACAGUCUGACAGACCACUGGAUUCAGACAAAUGCGAAGCCUAUCACGGAAAAGGAGCAGGUCAUGGAGAUCCUAGAGAUGGUGGUCGAAUGAAAGCUUGCCGUGUAGUGAAGUGCUACAGGCAGUGACUGUGACCAUGAGUAAGCUAUUCCGAGCGAUAAAUUCAAGGUAUAUAUGAUUAAAGUCU